AUGGCUCCGUCGCCGCUCAAACGACUGCAAAACAUACCUCGCUAUGUGCCGGCUAGCAUAUUGUGUUCUUUGAAUGGACUGUUGUUCGGCAUGGACACAGGUAUCAUUGGGCCUGUGACAGACAUGAAGGAAUUUGUACAACAUUUCGGUGGCAGUCAGUCCGCCACUAUCCACGGGCUCAUCGUAUCGUCUAUUCUGAUUCCCGCCGCGAUCUCCUCUUUCUUUGCGGGCUUUUUGGCAGAUCGGCUCGGGAGGUCCAAAGGCAUCAGCAUCGGGGUUUUCAUCUUCGGCGUUGGCGCUGCACUAGAAGCAGCCGCUGUCCAUCUUGCCAUGUUCAUCGUUGGCCGAGUUGUCGAAGGCGUAGGUGAGGGUCUAUUCCUCGGAACCUUGGUUGUGUACAUUUGCGAGAUAUCGCCGACACGGGUUAGAGGGACUUUCACAACUGGACCUCAACUUCUCAUCACUCUCGGUAUUGUCGCGGGUUUCUUCACUUGCUAUGGAACAUCGGGGAUCCAAUCAUCCAUGUCAUGGCGCACACCAUUUAUAGUGCUUGCGGCAUUGUCAAUGACUCUGUCAAUGGUUUCAUUGUUUUUCCUUCCCCCCUCGCCUCGCUGGCUGACUAUACAUGGCCGUGAAGGAGAGGCCACCGAAGCUUGGGAUUACUUGGGUGUCAGCCACGCCGAACGAGAGAAGGUAGAAAACGAGCUCGAACCUGUCGUUCCCUCUGACCCGCAGGACAAAGGCAAAGGCACAAACAUCGCCAACCCUCUAGAAACUCAAACUUCAGCAAAGCCAACGCACCCUCUCUUCGAUCUUUUCGCUCGCGAUGUUCGCUCACGCACCAGCCUUGCAGUCUUCAUGAUGGGAAUGCAACAAUUGAGCGGGAUUGACGGUGUUCUCUACUAUGCUCCUCUUCUAUUCCAACAGGCUGGGCUUGCCUCAUCAGAAGCAAGUUUCCUCGCAUCCGGUGUCUCAGCGCUCGUCAUCUUCGCCGUCACUAUUCCCGCUCUAAUAUGGGCCGACCAAUGGGGCCGUCGUCAAAGCACAAUCUACGGCGGAGUUGCUCUCAGCAUCGCGAUGUUUUUGAUAGGUGCACUUUAUGCAUCAGGGUCUGUGCACGGCUCUUUUGGGGCGGGUCGCUGGGUUGUUAUAGUGACUAUUUACCUCUUUGCUGUGAUAUACUCAUUGACCUGGGGUGUUGGUAUCAAGAUAUACGCUGCUGAGAUCCAACCACAGCGCACGCGGGCCUCCGCGACCAGCUUGGCGCAUGGUAGCAAUUGGGCGGCGAACUUUUUGGUCGCGUUGACAACACCAAUCCUUCUAUCGAAGAGCAGCUAUGGGGCGUACUUUUUGUUUGGUGGUUGUUCCAUUCUGACUGCAAUAGUUUGUGCUUUGUUUAUGCCGGAGACGAAGGGCCGAUCUUUGAAUGAGAUCGAGGAAGCUUUUAAGCGGAAGUCACCCCGGAGUAGUAAUCUUGCAAGCAAGAUGCUGCGUCCUGUCUACAAGUGGAAGGUUUGA